CAGAUGCUCCUGAAGGCAGCAGACGGCUCCGCACUGAAGAAUGAGACUCUGCGGCUGUUUGUUAGCUCUGGAGACAUUAGUGAGAACCAGACCUUCCUGACGGAUGAGUCUGGCAGAGCCUCCUUCGCGCUGGACACCUCCGGCUGGACCGGGCCAGUCGCUCUGCGGGGGCACUUCAAAGAGGCAGGUCCCAGCGUGGAGCGUGACAAAGUCUCUCCCAGUUACCCGGAUGCCCAUCACCGUGUGGAGUCCUUCUACUCCCGGAGCCGGAGUUUCCUGAAGAUCCGCAGGCUGGGCGGGGAGCUGCCCUGCGACCAGGCCCAGCGGCUCCACGUGGACUAUGUCCUGGCGAGGAAGGCCCUGGGGAACGGGUCCAAGAGCCUGGAUUUCAUCUUCAUGGUCGUGGCCAAGGGAGCCAUCGCCAGGAUCCUCCACAAGGGGCUGAAGCUCAGAAAGGGGGCUGGACUGAAGGGCUCCUUCUCCGUGGAGCUGCCCGUCGGUGCUGAGCUGGCGCCGGCUGCCAAGGUGCUGAGUUACACGGUGCUGCCCGACGGAGAGAUGGCUGCCGACAGCGCCCUGCUGCGCGUGGCCAAGUGCCUCCCCAACAAGGUGAAGCUGGCCUUCUCGCAGGACCGGGCCCUGCCAGGCUCGGAGCUCCAGCUGCAGGUGCAGGCUGCCCCCGGGUCCCUGUGCGCCGUCCGCGCCGUGGAUCGCAGCGUGCUGCUCAUGAAGCCUGAGGCCGAGCUCAGCGUCGACACGGUCUAUAACUUGCUCCCUGAUUUUCACCAAGAAGACUCCUAUCAAGGGCAUAAGUCAUGUUACUGUCAGUCCAAUGCUACGGCUACAGUUAUGUCUACUACUCUUCACGGUGUGCCAGCGACAAUUUGGUCUCUCCGGAGGCCGCGCAGAGGGACUCGUGGCAGGGCUGACCCGCUGACCGACCCCAACGGCCUGUUUCAGGUAGGGUUGUGCCUGGCCCUGCCUCUGUCUCCUUUGUAGCCUGAAAGGACUAAACUGGCUCCGCCAUGCCCAGGCUGCUGGGGCGACGUCCCACCAAACAGUCCGGCCUGUUCUAGUGACUCCCCAGGGAUGCUCCUCGCAAACUCAGGGCUGGGCUGCACCUCCCCCGCCCCCUUCACACCCA